UGCUCCGCUCUCGGAUCUGCGGUCCGGUCCGGUCCGGAGCGCCUGACCUCCUCCUCCUCCUGCUCCUCCUCCUCCUCCUCCUCCUCUUCCUCCUGCGUGUCGGUAACUUUCCAGCCUUCAUCCCCGAGGAUGGGUGACUGGAGCGCGUUGGGACGGCUGCUGGACAAGGUCCAGGCCUACUCCACGGCCGGGGGCAAGGUCUGGCUGUCCGUCCUCUUCAUCUUCAGGAUCCUGGUGCUGGGCACGGCCGUGGAGUCGGCCUGGGGGGACGAGCAGUCCGCCUUCAAGUGCAACACCCAGCAGCCGGGUUGCGAGAACGUCUGCUACGACAAGUCCUUCCCCAUCUCCCACGUCCGCUUCUGGGUCCUUCAGAUCAUCUUCGUGUCGACGCCCACGCUCCUGUACCUGGCCCACGUCUUCUACCUGAACAGGAAGGAGCAGAAGCUGAACAGGAAGGAGGAAGAGCUGAAGGCCGUGCAGAACGACGGCGGCGACGUCGACAUCCCGCUGAAGAAGAUCGAGAUGAAGAAGCUGAAGUACGGCAUCGACGAGCACGGCAAGGUGAAGAUGAAGGGCGCCCUGCUCAGAACCUACAUCGUCAGCAUCUUCUUCAAGUCCCUGUUCGAGGUGGGCUUCCUGGUCAUCCAGUGGUACAUGUACGGCUUCAGCCUGUCGGCGGUCUACACCUGCGAGCGGUCGCCGUGUCCGCACAGGGUGGACUGCUUCCUGUCGCGGCCCACGGAGAAGACGGUGUUCAUCAUCUUCAUGCUGGUGGUGUCCCUGGUGUCCCUCCUGCUCAACGUCAUCGAGCUCUUCUACGUCUUCUUCAAGAGGAUCAAGGAUCGCGUGAAGGGCAAGCAGCAGCCCACCCUCUACUCCAGCGGCGGCACGUUGAGUCCUCCGCCCAAGGAGCUGUCCACCACCAAGUACGCCUACUACAACGGCUGCUCGUCCCCCACGGCGCCGCUCUCGCCCAUGUCCCCGCCGGGCUACAAGCUGGCCACGGGCGAGCGGGGCACCGGCUCCUGCCGCAACUACAACCGGCAGGCCAACGAGCAGAAUUGGGCCAACUACUCCACCGAGCAGAACCGGCUGGGCCAGAACGGCGGCGGGAGCACUAUCUCAAACUCCCACGCGCAGGCGUUCGACUUCCCCGACGACACCCACGAGCACAAGAAGCUGUCGUCGACGGCGGGGCACGAGCUGCAGCCCCUGGCGCUGAUGGAGGCGCGGCCGUGCAGCCGGGCCAGCAGCCGCAUGAGCAGCCGGGCCCGGCCCGACGACCUGGACGUGUAGACCCGGGCCGACGGGACCGGGGACCGGCGCCCGGCGGCGGCGGCGGGCGGGAAACACUUGAUCACAUAGGUUCCUUGGAGAGGCGGGUCUUACCUCAGUCUCCAGUCUAGAGACUCUUAGCCAGUCAGAGACAUUCAAGCCGUUACUCUGCCAGAGGUACACUCACCUUCCCCCCGACCCCUCCCAUAGUGGCAUUAACCAUGUUUUCAGAGACGAGCGCCGCCACGGGAGCAGGGCCGGGCGGCCCGGGCCGGCUGACUCACUUCAAUGUGCCUUGACUAGAUCUCUGUCGUCGUAGCUCCUCCUCUUUUAGCGUGUGAGGGCGUGGCCACGGCUCGGCGCCUGUCACUGUGUCUCCUGGUCACUAACGCCAGAUUUAAACCACCCUGCCGGGAAAACUCUCACGGCCACUCGUCCUCGUUCGCGCCCCGCUCCUCGAUUCGGCCCGUCGGUACAGCUCCGCCUGUCCACGUUUGAUCCCCGUUGCCCCGACUUGGACUCCAGAGGCUUGUCCGAGUUCCUGCUGUCUCUGCCGACCACGGCGGCGGAACACGCCACGCGCCGCCAUGCUGUCCAGUAUUGUAAUGAAUUGAAACACUGAAGCAUUGUCACCUUUUUGUCGCCAGAAGAGUUUCACUCUGUCCUCUUGGUGUUUUUAUUGAUUUGAGCUCUUCUGAUGUCCUUCCUGUCGUCUCCAUGAUUAAUCAUUUGAAAUGUGGUCUGUUGUCAGUAAGACUCAGCAGAACAGGAGCAGUGAUGGAAACACCCUUCAGUCCGUUGUUGCCAUAAUGAUCAGUUUUCAGUCGAUCAAAUCAUUUAUUCCUCUAAUUGACGUGCGCGGAGAGGACCGAUGUGUUUUCAUGGACGCUUCUCUGUAGGAAAAGUGUUUCUGUCUUCCAAAUUGUGAGCGUUUAAAAAAAAAAAAAAAACGAAAAAGGCAAGCCAUGUCAGAUGUUGUGGAGUUCUGUUGAACUUGCGAUGAUUCUCGUGACGAUCAGAUUGCACUCUCCGGGGAGAAGUGUCCAUCGGCGCUCCGCCUGGGUUCAACACUCCUGCAGCAGGCUGCUCCUGCUGCGUUUCAGGUCAAAAAUGAUCCUUUUGAAAUAUGGUAAAACAAAGUAACCGCCCGAUGUAACAGUUCCAGCCUACCGAGUAUCAGAAUCUCCCAUUCGGACCAAAGUCAGCCUCUGAAUCAGGCCCGCCGUGGGGUCGUCCUCUGGUUGUGUUGUGGAGUAACUACACUGUAAAGUCUGUUUAAAAGUAUAAUGUAGUAGAAAGAAAGGACUUCUGACUUCUUUAGUGAGAUUUGAAUUAAAAUAAAAGGGAUUUUUUUUGACUCGGAAAAGAAGGAGACACUUUUAUAGCCCAAAGUGUAGAAAAAUUAAUGAAAAUCCAAUAACCUGCCACCCUAACCCGUGGUUGUAGAGGUCAGAUAGAUGAAUAAUCGUUAAAGAUGUAGAUAUGCAUUGUUUAUUAGAUGAUGUUAGAUGAGCAACAGACAGUGUGUGUGUGUGUGAGUAGGUGUGUAUUUUUAGCAGCUUUAGCGUGUUGAAGGUGGACAGGGUCAGCUGGUGUUGCUCCCCACAGGGAAACGCACCAGCAGGGCGAAGGUUUCUACAUGUUCUCCACUCGUGACGUGUUCAGCUCCCCUCCAGGAGAACUCAUGAUCCCCAACAGCUUAAUGCACUGCGCCAUACUUUCAUAGAUUUACAUUCUGCAUGUGAGCGCCGCUCCGUCGCCUUCAGCAAAACUUUCACUCAUUCGGUCUGAAACUCACUCGGAAGGCUGCAGGUUCGUGUUUAUGAUGGCCUGAUAUUUGCAGGACGUCCACCACUAAGAGGGAGAAUUGACUACUAAAGAAAAAAACAUCACCAACCCACAAACUGUAUAUUUAUUGACGGUAUAAAAAAAAACAACAAGAAAAAGCAACAAGUUCUUUCUUCUGUACAUGUGUCAGUCACCAUGGGCUGUUGUUUCCUGAUAAACUUUGAAUUUGUGUGGUCUUCAGGGUUUCUCCGCCGCUCAGAAGACGUCUCUCAUCUGCUUGUGUGUGGCUUCCAUAAAGAAAGGCUUUAUUCUGCUGUUAGUCCACGCUUUUCCCUGAGUGAUAGAGAGAGAGAGAGAGAGAGAGAGAGAGAGAGAGAGAGAGUAGAACGACCACCUGAGGUCUUUGAGUGGAAGAUUUCUCAUUCUGUAGCUGUCGUUUUGUCUUAAUGUAACCGCUGCUGCUUGACAAAUAGAUAUUUAGUACUGUAAAUCAAGCUAACUGUGUCACAAAGAAAUGUGAGUUUGUAGAAGACUGCUAAUAGAUCUGGACUAAUAUUUAGUCACUUUUAUUAAUUGUAUGCCAAUGUAGCUCCACAACUACCAAACACUAGGAGAAAUCUCAAUUUUUGACUUCUUUUUUUUUCCUUUCGUUGUAUUUCUUUUUUCUUUUUUCUUUUUUUUAAGUGUCAAAGGUUCAUCAUUUGUGUGUGGUACUUACAGACAGUAUGUCAUGGAUGUUUCCAGCUACAAAGACAUUUGCACUGAGAUCUCGUUGAGGUGUAAUGCGAUGCACACAGUAA